AUGGCGCCGCCGAGGACCGGCGCGCCGCCGCCGCAUCCGCGGCUCACGCGCGUGUCGCGAUGGGACUCGAUCUACGCGACGUCCCCGUGGGACGCGUUCGUCGUCGCGUUCUUAGGAUACACGUGCUUCGUCCUGCCCUUCUUCCUCGUCGUCCUCGCGCUUCUGCUCUUCUUUCCCGCGUGGCUCGCGCUGGAGUGCGGGUGGUACGCCCAUCGCGCGGCGCUGAGACGGCGACACGAGGCGUUCACGGACCCGCCGCCGUUCGAGUACCGGAAAGAGCACAUGCGGCGGUUCUUGCGUCUGAAGGAGGACGUCGUCCCGUGUUUCAUCGCGUUCACGCGCGCGUGGUUCCGCGACGCGCCCGCCGCGCUCGUGAAGCGAGAGAACGUGAGAGACUUUUUCCGGUACGCCUUCUACGGCGUCUACAUGAAACGAGCGUCCGACGCGGAAGAAGCCGAGCUCGACGCUUGGCUGGACGACGUGGAGAAACACUGGGACAUCACGCUGCCGCCGGGGCGCACGGAAGGGCUGACGUUCAUGGCGCACAUGCGAGACGGUCUGCGAACGACGCAUCAGCCGCUGUUCACGGUGUUUUACUCGCACGCCGCGGGGACGCUCGGCGGCGUGAUAUUGCGGCUGUGGGGGUUCCGGCAUCACGGCUGCGGGGACACGGGGGUGACGUACUGGAUACGCGAUAAGAGUAGCAGCGGUCGAAAGAAGAAGAAGAAAAAGACGACGACGACGACGACGACGACGACGACGAAGAGAGGCACCGGCGGCGGUCGGAGAAGCGCGAGCGGCGGCGUCGACGUCGACGACGCGCCGGACGCCGACGACGCGCGCUGCGAACGCUGCGGCGGCGAUCCGCUCGGUCGGCGGUGCUUCGCCGGGUGCCGCGACCGCGCGGACGGAUCGCCCACGCCCGUCGUCAUGCUCCACGGCCUCGGGAUCGGUCUGUCUCCGUAUCUGUGGACGGUGGCGAGCAUCCUCCGCGCGACGCCGACGCGGCCGGUGGUCCUCGUGUGUCUCCCGGAGAUCAGGCGCGUUCGGUCCCUCGCGUUCAAUCCCGACACACCGCGAUGCCUUUCAACUCCAACUGAUGACGCCUUUGAACUCCACCCCGACUUCGCUUCGUACGGACCCUCGACCCUCAGCCUCCGGCACAUCGUCACCGUGCGCACGCCGGACGCGUUCGUCAACGCGAUCGAGAGCGCGUGCGUGCGACACGACCUCCGUCGCCCGUGUCUCAUGGGCCACUCGUUCGGGACGUUCGUCGUCGCGCGCGCGUGUCAGCGGUCUGUCGUCGCGAGCACGAUGCUCGUCGACCCGGUGGCGUGCUGUCUCAUGCUGACGCGAGUGAUUCACAGCGUCUUGUUCGCGAUCGAGGACGUAUGGCGGGAGCUCACGGGCCGCGAGUCCGCGGGGCUGGCGCGCGUGUCCGAGGCGGCGCGCGAGGCGUCGGGCGUGAGGUCCGCGAAGCCGCCGAGGGUGACGUGGCGGCGGCGCGUCGAGUUGGUCGCGUCGCUCGCCGCGUUGUGCGUGCGGGACGUCGUCAUCGUGAGAGAGCUCUCGUGCGCGGUGGCGCUGAGUCGGACGUUUUGGUGGUGGCAAGUCGUGUUACACGCGGAGGACACGCCGCGAGACUCGCUGUGCGUGCUGCAGUCGCACGACUCGAUAUUAGACGCGGGCGCGGUGGCGAAGCACGUGCUGAACAGGGACGCGAGCGACGUGUUGUGGUUGGACGGGUUCAGGCACGGGGAGUUACUCGGGCCGACGGGCUUCGUCGCGCGAACGCGCAUGGCGGAGUUUCUGAAGCGUUUGGACUGA